ACAAUUUCAGUUCGGAAUUUAUCUGCAACCUCGAAUAAAAUUCACAUUUCUCAUCUCCCGGCGACUGUAGCGUCCGUUGAACACGUUUCACAAAGGACCAGUGUCUCUGUGUGGUUCCUCUUCAGCCAAAGCGGGCGCUCCGGAGUGAGGGACAGGGACCAGGGACGCCGUUAUGAGUGCCAAAGUGAACAUGGAGGCUCCACCCAAAGAAGACCACAGACCUUUGGAGCCGUCCCCUUCCUCCUCCUCCUCUUCCUCCUCCUCAUCAUCUCCUACUGAGACCGUCCUCCUCUGUGGGGCCGAUGGUGUGGCUAAGAAGGCCCGGCCCCAGCCCCCGCCCCACACCACCACAGCUCUCCUCCUGCCAGCUCCUGCUCCAAGCCAUCAGAAGGUGGAGGUGACUCCAGCUGUUGCCAUGGGAGACCCAGGUAAAGGAGGCAGGGCCAAUCAGACGUCUGCGCCCACCCUGACUGCACAAGUGGGUGGGGCUUGUAGCAUUGUCCAUGUCCUAGAGUGGAAGGAGGGGAUGGCUAUCCUGCCCAGCAGCAACCUCAAGUUCUGUGUGAGUGAUGUUGGAACCCUGAGCACACUGAUCACCCCGGCGACCACCAGCAGCACCACUGAACUAGCAGCAGUGACUUCUGGGAGAUCCGCGGAUGCAGAGUGCGCUCCAGCAGACAAGCCAGGCGUGUCGGCUCCUGUCGCCUCUGUGAGAGGUGCAGCUGUGGAGCCCAGGAGGUUGGUGCCGGUCAAAACUGAAGUGCAGGUCGGACUGGGACAACAUGAUCCCAGAGCUCAGAGGACCUACACAGAUGAGCUCCGCAGAGAGCCCAUCACUGACAGGAGGAGCGUCGGGGUGGAGAAGGUGCCAGCAGGCGGGAGGGUCUCCUCCCUUAACCCCGAUCACCUGAAGCCCAUGAGGAAGAGGAAGAGGAAGGAGUACCUGAGUCCGUCUGAGGAAGACUCCGACAUGGAGGGCACGGAUGAGAAAAUGGAUGACUCUAAAGCAGACAGCAGACUCAUCAGAGGAGCUGGAGACAGUAAGACAGAGGAGUGGACGUGGGCUCUGUAUCUGGAGGAGACCAAAGCUGUUGCUGCUCCCAACAAGCUUUUCCAAGAGUCCCAGAGAGUGCCAACAGUGAAGAACGGCUUUAAACAGGGGAUGAAGCUAGAAGGCAUCGACCCGCAGCAUCCGUCCAUGUACUUCGUCCUCACUGUGGCCGAGGUCUGUGGUUACCGGCUGCGGCUCCAUUUUGACGGCUACUCUGACUGCCACGACUUCUGGGUGAACGGCAACUCUCCCGACAUCCACCCUGCGGGGUGGUGUGAGAGCACAGGACACAAACUGCACACUCCGAAAGGUCAGAGUUGGACGAGAAGAUCGAUACCACUCUUUUGUCUAUACGGCUGUAAGGAGGAGGAGUUUACCUGGACCAACUACCUGAGAAUGACAAAAGCACAAGUGGCUCCCAAAGAACUAUUUGCCAGUCCGGGGAGGAUUGAUGUGAAGUGCGGUUUCGAGAUAGGAAUGAAGCUGGAGGCUGUCGACCGUAUGAACCCCUCCCUCAUCUGUGUAGCAACCGUCACUGACAUGGUGGACUGCCGCUUCCUGGUUCACUUUGACAACUGGGACGACACGUAUGACUACUGGUGUGAUGCCAGCAGUCCGUACAUUCAUCCCAUUGGUUGGUGCCAGGAGAGGAACCUGCCCCUAACACCCCCCCAAGAUUACCCAGACCAGGCCCGGUUCUCCUGGUCCGGCUACAUGGAGGAGACUGGUUCUAAGGCAGUGGCCGCUGACACCUUUAAAGUGCGUGCGGCCCACAGCUUCCAGCCUCAGAUGAAACUGGAGGCCGUGGACAAGAGAAGUCCUGGUCUGAUCAGAGUAGCCACAGUGGAGGAGGUCGAGACUCACCGCAUUAAGGUCCAUUACGAUGGCUGGAGUCACGUCUAUGACGAGUGGGUGGACUCGGAUCACCCGGACAUACAUCCGGCAGGCUGGUGUGAAGCGACCGGUCACCCGCUAAAAGUUCCCCCGCGGGACUCCAAAACACAGCCACACGGUGUGAGGGAGCCUCCUGCUAUGGGUCAGUCCACCUACCCCUCCUCUGUUCCCUGCAAACCCAUCAGCCAACCGAGAAACAACAAGUACAGCUUCCACAACAGGAAGUGUCCAACUCCUGGUUGUGAUGGCUCCGGCCACGUGACCGGUCGCUUUACCGCUCAUCACUGCAUAUCUGGCUGCCCGCUGGCUGAGCGCAACCAGGGCCGGCUGAAGGCAGAGCUGUCGGACUCGGAGUGCAAGAGGAACCUCUUCUUCGGCCAGAGGACCAAGAAGACGCAUUACCGUGGCAGGAUUGGUCGUCCUCCCAAAUACAGGAAGAACCAACAGAGAGAUUACCAGAACAUGUCCUCAGAGGUGUACCCCUCACUGUUCAUGUCGGCUCUGAGUGGCCAGUCAGACCGGACUCUGUCUCUGUGCUGGGAGCAGCACUGUAAGCUGCUGCCCGGCGUUCAGGGCAUCCACGCCAGCCAGGUCGCGGCAUGGAGCGUGGAAGAGGUCUUCAGGUUUGUCCAGAAUCUAAUCGGCUGUGAAGAACAGGCUCGUCUGUUCAAAGACGAGAUGAUUGACGGGGAGGCCUUCCUGCUGCUCACCCAGACCGACAUUGUGAAGAUCAUGAGCAUCAAGCUCGGCCCCGCCCUCAAGAUCUCCAACGCCAUCCUCAUGUUCAAGAGCACAGACGAGGGACUCAAGUGAUUGAGGAGCGGGGGGGGAGCCACCAAUCUUCAUGUGCCAAAUUCAUUUUAUUGCAGGGAAAAGACCCUGACCCCUUUUUCAUGUGUUUGGUGUCCUGUACCCAUCAGAGAGGAAGGGUGGGGGGGUUGUUAUGGUUCAUGUGGCGUGAGGAGGGAUAAAGGAGGGGUUAGAAGAAGAAGGGAAAGUAGGAAAUACAUAUAUAUUUGGGGAGAAAUGACGUAAAGAUGAUCGACAAAAACUGGUAUGUGGGGUGGAUAGAAUCGGGCUGAGGCAGGUGAGUGGGGGGGACAGCCAACGUUUUUCGAGUUUGGUGGUUUUCCAACUGUUGCGUUUGACUCACUAUCAGAGUUGGAUUAUUACCAAACCACCGAACAUCACUUGAACAUCGCAGUCACCUGCUUCUGGUUGCACUUCCGCAGAUGUGGCACAGACGUCCUGCCGCCUCUCACAGCCGAUCUGGAGACACUAACGCUAUUAGUGCUUUAACUGCCAGACGGGGUAUCGCUCCUUUUGAUGCGAGAUCUAACACGGGUCAGUUGGAACUGUACUCAGACCGCCUUUCACGGGUGAGGUGGACUCAAAAAAGGUUUACACAACGACCACAUUUUCAGAAAUACUCAUAUUUGGACAAAACAAUUGGUUACAAGAGCACUCGGAGAGUGCAGACCUCCGCCAAGACUGAGCUGUGCUGUUUUCUAUAAAAAAAAAAAUCCUGGAUCCAGAUCUCAAAAAAUGUAAUCACCUGUUUCCAUGACCAAGACUUAUCUUUGAUAAUAUUUAAAUGCAAAUCCCUCCAUAACUUUUUGAGUUGUCCAACCCACUCACAUAACCUCCUUGGUGGAGGUAUAAAAACGACAACAACAACAACAACAACACUGGAGUAACAUACAGAACAUACUGAUAAGAACAUGGGAGAACUGUGGAUGGGGGGAAUGCAGUAGCUGAGGCUGGUCAGUGAGGCUCCUACAAGCUUCACGUUUUGUGCAAUAAAAAAAAGUUGAGACUUAAGAGAGGAAGUAUUCAACAACACUUAUUAUUGCAGCUCCUUUGUGUCAUCAGCCUAAUCCUAAUACUGUAAACGAAUACAACGGAUAAAUAAGCUAUUUCAUUCUGCCUGCAAACCGUGUAGGGCCGUAGCAGACGUGAGAAAACCUUGACCUCGGCCUCAGUUUCCUGGUUAUUUGUAUUAUUGUGAAAACUGAAUGAUCAGACCUGUAAUUUAAAAGGUUUCCCUCUGAUUCAGAAUCUGACCAACGGGGUGUUUUCCACAAGACCUCAAAUUAUUUUUCAGCACGUUGGCACAACUGUGAAACCCCUCAUGGAUUUUUACACAAUGAUAUUCCCACACUCGGUCACUAGAGAGUGCAAACAAUCCACAUACUGGCGCUAUUCGUGGAUUUGAUAUCCAGCCGAUGGAGCUCCACUGCAGUCCACACGAGAUGGAAACUCCAUUCUGAGUAUGUUCUUCUGAAAAUGUUUACAUUUUAUGUCAGAAUAAGUUAAAGAAUAAUGUAUGAAUUUGAUAUUGUUGAAUGAAAGUUAUUUUUCUUGAAAGUUUUAAGGGCUCCUGGGAUGUCGAAGAUAAUCUUUAUGUGUGUCUCUCUGGUGGGAUUCAUGUGUGUGUGUGUGUGUGUGUGUGAGGUGUGUGAGAGAGAGAGAGAGAGAGAGAGAGAGUAUGUGUGAGUCAAGAUAAUCUUGGCUCACAAUUGUCAUUCCAUCCAUAUGAAUUAAUAAACGUCCAAAGCUGA